UCCUCCAGUAGAUGGCAGUAUGGCGCCUAAACGCUCUUUAUUCACUACCAUUAAACGCCAAGAGAAGAAAAGAAGAACAUGCUUAACUGUUAUUGGUCAGAAUUCGAUGCGCGGAAUUUAGAGAGAUUGUCAUCCGGUGUGGACAAAAUGCGUCAAUUUCUGACACGAGCGACACCAAAUUAAAUUUUUUAAAUGCCCAUAUUUGACUUUGUCGUUAACUUUACACAGCUUAAUUUCCUUAGGUUAUGGUCAUGGAAGGAAGGUGUGCGGUUGAGACGCUGACAGAGUUUGGAUUUUCUUCGGUGUCAAGCACCCUAAUAGUGGGAUCCCAUGUGUUCCUCUGCACUGGAGACGACGAAGUUUAUGCUUUCAACGACCAAAACAGAGAGUUGAAGGCCGUCCUCAUCUUUCCUGGUCCUGUGAAGGACCUCGUUGUGGAUGAAGACAAGCAGAGCCUCUACGUGGCCUGCUGCAGUGGAGUUUAUUGCAUCUGUUUUUCAUCUUUGUCGUCCAGGAUUCAAAGCGCCAACUCAUCUACUGCGCCUUGUGUGGAAGUAUCCUCCGAGCAUCUCAUCAGAGAAGAUGAAGCCUUCGCACUACUCUUGGUCAAUUCUGUGCUGCUGAGCCUCAGUCUGACAAAUACAUACUGGCUAUUGACACGCUACAAAAUAGCCGAAGCGUCACAGUUGACCAGCUACGAAACGUGCGGUUCAUUUAAAGUGCCGUUGAUCUCAGACUCGGCGGAUCGCAGCCCAGAUGAGUUGAGCGAAAGGAGGCCAGUGCUGUUUUGUGUCCACUCUGCAGAUUCGCCAUCCUCAUCGAGCUUACCAAGUGGUCACGUCCGCCUUGAGCCGCUCCUCUUCAAACUCCUAUUUGGGAUCGAUGCAGCCCUUGCCGAAUCUCCGGUUGUUAUUUGCGGUCUGCCGGAUGGCCGUCUGUGUUUCGCCGCUUGUGUUCCAGGCUCACACCUCCGAGUCCUCCACAGCCUCGAGCAGCCUGUUGUGUUUGUCGGCGCCUCCGCCGGGACUCGAACAGAUCCGGCAGACUGUUUGGUGGCGUUGGGUGAACAAGGCAAAGUUGUGCUGGUCGCAUCCAAGCGAGGAGGAACGGAAGGAGGAGGCGUCAGAGCUACUUUUACAGAGUUGUGUGUCCCUGGACCUGUGAUGUGUGCCUGUCUUGAUGAACGCUGCCUUUACUACAGCACUGGUUCAGACCUCCUGGUACUGGAUCUGUCACUGCCCUCCACCGAAGGAUCAGAGGCAGCAAACGGUGAAGCGGGAUCGCCAAACAGAGGUUCUCCCCCGUGGAACGUCAUUAGUUUAAAUGUGUGUAGGGUCAUUGCCUUGGCAGGACAUGCAAGGACCACUGAAGGUGAAGUUGAGCUGCUUGGACUGUCCUGCAGAGGGCAGCUCCAGAGGAUUUCCUUGCCUGUUGGGUUACACGAUGGAGGGUCAUCCCAUCUUCCUUCUCCGCAUGCCGGCCGCAGCAUCAAAGAUGUCCUGUCGGCUAUUGGGAAUGUUUAUGAAAGAGCAUCCGUGCUGAAAGCGUCAAUCAAAUCCAGAAACCAAACCCUGAAACAGCUAAAUCAGGUGCUCAACAUCAGCUUCCUAUUGAACGCUGGAGCAGACAGCGGGACGCUCGCACCCGUUCAGGAGAAACCGAUCCGAUGUCACGCCGCCACCAGCUGGAUCACGUUGCUUCAGAAAGACUCUUUGAAUUUGAACUGCAUCCUGGAUAAUGGAAGUUCUUAUAUUCUGGAACAAGGAUGGACGUUAAACGUCACCGCAUCUUCGCUCUGCAACUCCACCAAGGGGCAAAGCCGCUCUGCGCAUUAUUUGUUCCCUUUCCAGAAUCUUCAGCCAGGGGAGAAACUGGCGUGUUUACCGUUGAACACACUGCUGGUGGAUUACUUGCAUGCUCUGCGGAUGGUCGGUCCGGCCGAAAGAAACGCUACACCUCAACGCUACGACGUCACCGCUGCGGACACCAUCCGAGCAUUUUUGAAAUGGCGCUGCGGCGGAGGAAGCGAUGCGGGGAGCGCGCGGCAUUCUACGAGCGUUAAGGUGUCGUCGCAGUUAGUGAGGGACAUGUUGAAACCUUCGGAGGGGCGCCCCGACGAGACGCUUCCAAGCGUGUGCGUCGCACUGCUGGACCGCCUCCUCUGUGAGGGCCACGGAGGCGUCAAGAUGGAAGGAGACAAGAUGGCCAUCAACAGCUCAGUGGUCCAUGCUCGAGCACCAAACGGUCGCACAGUAAAGCUGACGGCAAAAGAGAUUAAGCUAGCGGAGGGCAGUGCGGUGGAGCAGGAGGAGUCCCUGGCCAUCGUGGAGGUUCAGGUUGAGAGCUCCUCAUUGGAAGCCGUGUGUGGAAUGCAUCAUGCAAUCCUGCGGAGAGUCCAGAAUUUGUUGCAGAAAGCACCCGAAAAGCCUUCUGCUACAAUCAUUAUGCAGAGUUUACGUGUGAGAGAGGCCCUCCUCCGCGCCGAGGAAAUGUUGCAGCGGCUCCAUCAAAGUCGAGUCUCCUGUACCUUUGGUGAGGGCAUGUCCACGGGCAAGGUGACAUCGUGUCUUCUUAGUGUAUACGAAGAACUCCGACGAAAUGAAAAUUCUCUACUUAUUAUUUAACAUCUGUACGGGUAGACACCGUGACAACUCAGACUUUGAUCACAUGCACAAGAUUGUAGGAAGAAUUUGUGGCAUGGCUUUUAUUACAGCUUGCAUGUAAGGAAGUAAUUAAACGGUUCUGGACUUGUGCCCUUAGAUGAAAUGAAAAGAGCUACAUCUCUCUGACCCGAUUCUGCUAAAGUUCUUGUUUCUACAAAUACGCCCCCAAAAAAUGUCUAACAAGAGACUGGACAUUUUAAAAAUCCAGAUGACACAAUGAUUGUUUAAAGGUGCGCUGGUUGUUCAGGAUUCCACUAGGGGGCAGCAUGUUGCUGUCAAAUUUGUUUCCUCAGACAGCCGAGUCAGCAAUAACACGAGAGGCUUGAAGAACGGAGAAUGGCAAUUCUUGUUUUUGAGGAAAUGCUAAAACUUGAUCUUGUUGAUGGUUUUGCCUCGGAAAUUAUCAAUGCGCAUCAUAACACUUUGACAUUGCUAAUCAUAACACCAGUUUGAGCUGCCGAAACUACAACGGGUACAAUUGAAUUGUAAGAAUGUGCCAUCGCUUCACCGCAACUGGGAUUAAAAUGUGACCAAGAACCAAAA